AUGGCAUCCCAGAUCCCAGCGCUCCCACAGUCCUACGCUCCAACAAAUGAGAGCGUCUUUUCUGACCAAUCUGGCUUCUUCUCUCUGGAUUCCAAUGUUCCUGGACUCUCUAGGGUGAUUCUCAAUAGCCUCAACAUGAAGGACUAUGGGCAAUACAGGGCCGCAGUCGAGGGAAAGAAUAAAGGAAUCUCUUUCCGCAACUACAAGGACAUGUUCAACAAGAUGGAGGAGACCUUUAAAUUCUGCACUGGCUGCAACAAACUCCCAGAGCAUCUCACUGAGGGACAGAGCCUCAAGCGCUGCGUCAAGUGUUUGAAUGUGUAUUACUGCACCAAGGACUGUCAGAGAAAGGACUGGCCUCAGCAUAAAAAGGUCUGCAAGAAGCUGCGACUGGUGGGCAUUGACAGACUUGUGGAGUGGCUGUCGUUUACUGGAAACCUGCCAUUCCCUACUAAGAAGUGGUGUAAGUCAGCUGCUGAGGUGAGGAACUGGGAAGACUGGCUUUCCAUGCAGGGUGACCUCAGUCCAUGUCUUGAUACCAUCUUGUCCGGUGGCAACAUGACAAAUCUUUGGAAGAACAACUGCAGGCCACGGCCAGAUGACGAUGACCUGCGACAGUCUUUAUGGCGGAUUCAAAGCGAGUUCCUCUCUAGGGUUCUCACAGUUGGCAUGGCUGUGCAGCACUUCAGCCUGGACCCAUAUGCUAAGCCUCUCACUAUUCACCUAGCAGGGGCAUCCCAUAAUGAAUCCAUGGGAGCCAGACUGACUGAUUAUGAUGAGCUGAACAGCAUGUUCCCUGGACACCAGGGCAUAGAGGUAGUCAUGGUGGGACCAGAGGUGGUGGACGGCCCCAUCGUGAGGCCUCCACUCAGGGCCUUUGGCCCCAGGCAGAGGGUCUACAUCAGCGCCUAUAAGGGUCUCUACCACCAGUUCUGGGAGGAGCUGGUGGAGAAAAAGGAAGCAGCCAAGCCAGACCUGGUGGUUGGAUAUCAUCCUGGGUUCCACGCUAACAAGGGUCUGAUCGAAGGUUGGCUGCCCACCCUUCUGCUGCUCAGAGACUUUAACAUACCCUCCUUCUUCACCAUGUUCAGUGAGAUGGAGCUCGAGUGCUCCCUGCAGAUCCUCCACGAGUUGGAGAUUCACAUCAGGGACAGUGGACCCAAUCCAUUCACCUCACAGAAGCCAGAGCAGGUCCAGGCCUGCCCCAACAAAAUGCCAGUCUACUGCAACUCUCAAUACAUCCGUUUCCAAGGACUGCAGCCACAACAAGAAUCUGAAGAGGCCAGUCCAGACAACUAAAAGGCCAUUAUGAAUAUUGUCAAAGCCUGGUUGGGGUGCCACAAGUCAUGCCCUUUAUAGAUGUGGGUUUCAAAAUAGGGUAUUGGGACUUUUUAGAGCUCCUGUAGAGGUUUUCUGCAACCUUUCAGAGAUGGACAACGCUCCAUCAUGCUGCCACUGGUCGCUGAAGCUCACAUAAGGUUCACACUCAUUUAUCACUUUUAAAAAGACACAUUCAUAGCUGCAACAGCGUGCCAAACACAGCUCUUUGAAUAUUUAAAUUAUUAAUUAACGAGGCAGAUUACAGAAAUCACUCAGAGCUCCGCUUAAGGCUCAUUUUGUUGGAUGAUUGCACCUGAGGGCAGCAGCAGGGCUCGGAGGUUUUUUGGUGCCCUGAGGUGAAACUGAUGUUGGAUACAAAGGCUCAUGGGUAUAUAAACGUAAUGAGACCAAAAUGAGUUCACUCAUCAUUUGACGGUUGCCUGUAAUUUGCUCUGCAGCUUGAUGUGUUCUCAAAUCACACACUAGCUGCAUCAAAUCAGAUCAUAUGCAUACUAAUGUAUCACAUGAUUUCAAACUAAACCUAAAUAAAUGAUAGAGUCACACAACACCUGAAUGUACCUUUAGUGUUUUGUAUAUUUUUUUCAUCAAUAUUCAUCUAGUCAUUGAGUUCUAGUUAUCCUCCUUAAUAGUAAUAAUAAUAUGAAAGUGGUUAAUACUCAAGCAUUCUGACAUGUAACAGGCAGGCUAUGACACCUUGUAUCUGUCUUUUGGACACUAUAUUGCAGUAUUAUUUUCAGAGUGUUGUGUUUGGACCCAGUACAGGACAUGUUUUUAUGCGCUGAGAAGACUCAUCCAAACUCUCCAAGGGCAAUAAUGCCUUUUACCUGUCUCUUAACAAUACAAAAGACAAGCAGCAUUUAGUUUUAUUCUGGUUGAACUGUCAGUAACAGUGAAACUUUAUGAUACAAUGCAAUCAAAAGACCAGCGUUAGCCACUGGGUUAAAAGUGACCAUCAAAUAAGUCACUUAUCUGAUUCUCAACAAAGCUGAACAUUAUGAGUGCCACUUAUUGCAGGCCUAUUAUACAGGAUUGAUUUAUAUUGCAAGGCCAAAAUCACUUUGCCUCUGUAGACUUAAAAAUGCCACUUCAUCACUAAACACUUU